UUCAGUAGUGGCCCAUCUACGGCCUUCUCUUGUUUUCUUCUGCUAAUUUUCCGAGUCUCUCCCUUCAAGCUACGUCUCACAGUAAUGGCUGAAUCAACGAAAAACCGAACAGGAAAUGGACGAAAUGAAGAAAAUGAAGAAGAAGAUUACAUGGGAGACCUGUCUCAAUUCCUUCCUCCUGAAAUCUCCAACUCUUCUAAUGUCUCUGCCGAAAAGUCAUUUGUGCAGAUUUUGAGCAACAAUACCUCAGCUGUUCAAUCAUCUAAGAAGAAGUCCAAAACUCUCAGCUGGCAAGAGCGGCGGAGACUCGAAAGAGAGAGAAACCAACAAGAAGAGGAUGAGCAAACCUUAGCAAAAAUAGAGGCUCCAAUUCCACAAUCUAACAUUGGGUUUAAGUUGUUACAGCGAAUGGGGUAUAACCCUGGUUCAUCACUUGGUAAGGAGGGCUCAGGAAGAGCUGAACCAGUGGGGAUUGAGAUUCGGCGGACACGAGUUGGGAUCGGAAGGGAGGAUCCGCAUAAGGAAAAAAGAAAGAGAGAGGAGCUUGAGGCUGAGAGGAAGACAAGGAAGGAAGAGGCUUUGGUGGCAGAGUUCGGAUCUAGGCAGAAGUCACAAUGGCGGAGUAGGAGGGUUGUAGUAAAUUUCAGAAAAGCAAAAGCAGCUCUUGACCAAUUGGAGAACAAAGAAGUUGAGGAAAAAAAGAAUGAGGAGGAGGAGGAGGAGGCUGAACAGGAGGAGGAAGAGAUAACUGAGGAGGAUUUGCAAGAAAUAUUGAUAAAGUUGAGAGGUGAAUAUAGAUACUGCCUGUUUUGCGGAUUUCAGUAUGAAACAAUGGAAGCGCUUCUAUCCAACUGCCCUGGAACAGAUGAAGAUGACCACUAGACUAUAUUUAUGUCUCAGCUUUAUCAAUAUUAGUUGGAUAAACAUUGCUUCCAUCCAACUAAGAUGCCACCGAGAUACAAACUCGUUAAUGAGAUUUGGAAGUUAUGUGGGUAUACUUUUGCUUCCAUUUUCUCAUAUUUGCAGCAGGGUGGAAUUUCUGUUAUUUUGCUUUCUAGAGAGGAUGUGAAGAAAAAAGUAGGAAGGUGACGAGUCAUUUUCGUCUAUGAGAUCACAUGUUGCUGUUGGGAUUUACAUCCAUGGUAAAUCAUUUAAACAAUUCUUAUAGGCUCUUCCAUGCUGACGGAUAGAUAGCUGCACCAUCUUCAUCUUUAUCCAAUUAGAUUGAGACAGAUAUCAUGCUGUGAAAUCAUAUGGAACUGAAUUUGCUUCAAUCAUCAUUAGAAAUGCGCAUAUCAUUAUUAGAAUAGUGAGGUACAAUAACAAUUCAAAGAGAAGCAAUAUUUUGAUGAUAUUGUUCAGGAUGUUUGUUGUUGCACUCUAUGUUGUUAAUAACUUAAUAUAACCACCCCACCCUGAUUGCCUUGUCAAA